UGUGGAGUUCUUGAGCUCGUACAAGGCGUCGUUGCCGUGAAAUGCGGAGGUGGCGUCCGCCCGUCGAUCACCCGCAAUUACAUAAUAAGCCAAAGCUCCAACCCGAGCUCCAACUCAUGCGACACUCUCAUCAUCACCAACACAAUGGAAACUCUUUCGAGAUCCACCCUCCGCGCGAGCCGCAGCGUCCUCCGCAGAAAUGUCUUUCGACCUCGGAUACGAUGCACAUCGAGUCUACCGCCCUUUCCCCUCCCCACGAGCGAUGCGAAGCCUCCGAACACAGGUAGUGCACUACCUAUGCCCUUCGUGACAGAAACCGUGGGAGGAGGCUGGCAUACUUACGACAUCUUCUCCCGCCUGCUCAAAGAGCGCAUCAUCUGCCUCAAUGGCGAAGUAGGCGACGUCACCUCCGCCAGCAUCGUCGCGCAACUCCUCUGGCUCGAGGCGGACAAUCCCGACAAGAACAUCAACCUCUACAUCAACUCGCCCGGCGGCUCAGUAACGGCGGGGCUCGCAAUCUACGACACCAUGCAAUACAUCCGCUCCCCGGUCACAACCAUCUGUCUGGGGCAAGCGGCAUCGAUGGGGUCAUUACUGCUCUGCGGUGGGACGGCGGGACAGCGAUAUACCCUCCCGCAUUCGCGCAUCAUGGUGCAUCAGGUGUCGGGGGGAUAUCACGGACAAGCGAGUGACAUUGCGAUUCAUGCCAAAGAGAUUCUGCGGGUGAGGGAGCAGUUGAACAAGAUAUACCAGCGGCAUUUGACGGUGGAGCGGGGGCUGGAGGAGAUUGAAAAGGUGAUGGAGCGGGAUUUCUUCAUGAGCGCGCAAGAAGCAAAGGACUGGGGCAUUGUGGACAAGAUCUUGUAUCCGCGAGGGCAGGAGGAGCACCCCAAAAAUUAGUGGCAUCGCUUAAACCAUCGGGCCCUCCCGCUUUAUCUAAAAGUCCACCACCU